AACCACAGAGGCAAAUGGCGUCCGCUGUGACCAAACCGGAAGUCCCGCCAACGUACGUGCGCCCGCAGGAAACGCCCCUACGCGAGACCGUCAUUGGCCAGCGCCAGCCUCAGACGCAGGAGGCAUGGCCUCUGGAGCCCAUGCCGGCGAAGUGCAGACGCAGCCGCACCAAGUUCACAGAAGAGCAGUUGAAAAUCCUCAUUGAUGCCUUCAACCAAAAACCUUACCCAGGCUAUGCUGCCAAAAAAAGGCUUGCUUUGCAAGUCAAUACUGAAGAGUCUAGAAUCCAGAUAUGGUUUCAGAAUCGAAGAGCCAGACAUCAGUUCCCAAAGAGGCCCGAGGAGCACUUAGAUGCACGCCAGGGCCGCGGCCCCCCCGCCGGGCAGACCCCAGGCAGAGGGGACAGGCGGUCCCGCACCAGCUACACUAACUCCCAGCUGCAAACUCUCAUCGAGGAGUUUAAGGUCAACCCUUAUCCUGGGAUUGACUCCAGAGAGAAACUGGCUAAAGAAAUUGGGGUUCCAGAGUCAAGAGUCCAGGUUUGGUUUCAAAAUCGAAGAUCGAGACAAAAUACGCAGAAAGAAAGAGAACCUGGAGAGGCUGUAGACCAAGGACAAAACCAGGGACAAGAUCUCAGAGAUGGGACAGUCCAAGGUACAGCAACUACAUAGAUCGUCACUCACUAGUGACUAUUUCUCUGGAGCCAAUGAAUGAGGCGAACAGAGAGACAAGUGAAGUGUAAUUGGUGUCAUCAGCCCAGACUCCAGGCUGCUGCUCUUCCUGGAAACACCCUUGUAAACGUAUGUUCAGCUCCUCCUGAGGCUGAGCCUUCUGGAGGUGGUAAACAGGACUUCAGGGGUCAGAGACAGAUAAAAGUACCACAGAGCUCUCCUGCUGAACCUGGAUUCAGAGUUCAACAGAUCCUGAGCACAAUGAAAAUAAACUUAAUAUCAUUUUUUGGUCAUCAGAAUAAUGACUGAUGCAAGCAAAAAUCAAGGCAUGUGCAGUACUGUGGUUUUUUAAUAAUAAAUAUCUAUU